CCAAGGAACAAUGGCAGUUCGACCGAGAAUGCAGCUUUAUCUCGUGCCAAAAUUGACCUCGAUACCGCCGCCUAUCUGUUCCUGUUAGGAACGAAACUUUUUUUUAGGGCAAACUGAUAAGCUCGAUUUCUUGUCGUAUGCACGAAGCCGACCGGUUGAUUGUGUUAUCGCCACAGCAUAUUUCCAAGCUCAAAGGAAGACCUAGACGAAACGAUGAAUAAUUCAUUUUCAAACGUUAAACAGCGAACCGAAGUUCUCGCGAAAAUGAAAACGAGCCGUUUUAUCGAUAUUCAGCGAGUCUACGCCUGGUGCUUUUCAAACAAUUAUUCGAGUAGGGAAUUUCAAAAAGUUUGCAUUCAUCGAUGCCUGUUCAUAUUUAAAUACUUCAAAGGUUCUGCGUCCGUGGAACAGAAGAAUGGAAACGGCAGCGCGAAAAAUAAUAAAACGAACAACAACGGGGUCGAGGUGAAUCGGAACGAGGAACAAAAUGGUUCUAGCGAGCUGAAAAAUCAAGCCAAGAAGAAGUCGAACGCACCUGGAAGUGGUCCUCUGUUACAACAAGCAGAGAUAUCCACCAGUCAACUUGACUUCUUCAAGAUGCUCGAUGAGAAGAUCGAGAAUGGGCCAGAUUACGACGAAAGUUUGGACACGAUGGCCAGAGCCGAACGAGUAUCCAAUCUUCUUCGUCAAUGGGAGCUUGCCAGCGUGACCUGGUCCAGCGUAUCCGACCUGAACAACACCUCUCCUUCCUGUACAACGAAGAAUCGUGGAUCUGGAUUGAAUUCGUCCCGGCAAAGUUUGAGCGCGAAAGACAGAGAAGGAAUGAGGAACAUAGUCGGUGGUAGACCGGAGAGCGCCCCGAUUUACGUGAGGAACGCGAAUCGCGUAGACGGCCUGCAGGAGACUCACUGCCCAUCGCCAAACAUGCCGAGGCACGUGUUAGAGUCCAUCACCCAGAGUCCGACGCAAAGCUUGAAGAACGUCACUCCGCCAGGCUCGUCUCCUACCAGUUUGCGCUAUCAUCAGGACACCUACAAGGAGUGUAACGCCAAUCAACCAUCCGUGAAGACCGUCAACGUGCACUACGGUACUCAAAAUCCUGUAAACGGAGAGUACGUGACCCAACAGGCCCUUUAUCGCGAUCAGUAUUUACAACAAACCGGAAUCAUUACCGUACCUUCACAAUAUUCGACCAGCUCGCCCGGUGGCAACGUGCUCAGAAACAAUCCGUACAUGCAACAAUAUCAGAUCACUAAUCCGCAACACUUCACCGCCUCCAGAAAACGAGGCUUCAACGCUGCCCAAAUGACGUGACCGGACUGGCCAUGCACCACCAGAUAAAAAGACUGAAAUUAUAUCUUGCGAGAGAAAGAGAGAGGGGAGGGGGAGAGAGAAAAGCGCUAGCUGGACUCGACGAUGAUCUUUCUCGAGCUCUUCGUCGAGAUGAUUCUACGAGACAAGAAAGAAGGAGAGAGAGCCUCUGCAAGGCUGGAGACUGACCAACAAACGGAGAAGAUACGGAUGUUUCUCUGUAUGUUCCUAACGAUUCCGUACAUUUUCGUUGCGGCGAAGACACGUAAAGUUCGGUACAGGCGAACGAUCUUCGUCGUUGCGGUUUCACACCGGUAAUAUCUUGCGAUUCCAAAUUAUGACACGCUAUCGUAACGAUAUCGUUUUAUUAAUUGCGACGUGAUGUAAACCUGUCGAAUUGUGGAGCGACACCUGUGCGAAAACGCAACGAGUCGUUCGUCUCCACCGAGCCUAAAAAGUACACGUAUAUCGUGUGCACGGAUGAUACACAGCGAUGCUAAAACACGUUGGUGAUGGCCUAAAAGAUAUCGCGAUCGCGAAAAGAGGCAGCAUUAUCUGUUCUAUGGAAAUUCUUCUGGAGUCUGCUGACAGAAUUCUUCGCUAUAAGUGCCAAAAUGCUUUCGUAAGCAAUUCGAUUGUCACGGGAAAAAGAGAGAGACAUUAAGGUCCCUUUAUGUGCAACCUUUCCAUGCCUAUUCCGAGUAUGGAAUUUUCCCUUUGCCCAUUUUUCUUGUAUAGACUGCAAUUUUGGUGCAAUAUUAAUCUUCCUUAGGUUUAAUGUCCUUUGGAGAUAGUCACGAUAUUAGAAUAAUUAUUUUGUAUAUAUAUAAAUGAAUGUAUAAAAGUAAAUGAUGACCGUUUUGAAAGGACAUUACAUUUACCGGAGUUAAUAAUGCGUCAGAUCUAUCAGAUACGAGAAAAAUGAAUAUACGAUCAGGUACGAUACGGUUGUUUAUGAAUGGACCUUUAUCCGUUGAACCAAUACUCCGUUCUUUGUAAUUCGUGUAAAUGAAACUUUUCGAUGUGUAUAUGAUAUACAUAUUUUUUGUUUCGUUCAUACUUGUACUUUCGUUCUUUUUUUCUAAUCGGUAGCAUCUCUACGUAUCAUUAAUAAAUGUAUAUUUCUAUAUAUAUAAGGGAAAAAGAACAAAUAUAUAUAUAUAUAUGUAUACAAAAAAUAAAAAAGAACCACACGCGAACGCGAGUUUCGCCGUAGCGUUUUGUAUAAUUGUGUAAUAGACAAAGAAUAUUUCUGAAAUAUAUGUAUAUGUACAUCGCAUAUACGCGUGUAUGCAUUUAUGUAUGCAUCUAAAAAGCAUCAAAGAAACCGAAAACAUCAAAUGUAUUUAGGAGUCUUACUUAUAUACCGUGUAUAGAUUCAAUUGUAUGUAUUGUAUGGAUACAUUUAAUUUAACGUGAUGACUGUAUAUUUAUAUGUUGACCAUGUUCAAAGUUAACGAUAUAUAUAGUUGAUGAUGAGAGUUUUAUAUUUCAUGUUACGGAUAUGCUGUAUAUCGUGGAAUACACUCAAUCGAAUUCGCUGCAUCGCUGUCAAAUUCAAAACUACUACAUUCUUAUUUUUUUCUUCCGUUCAACAACCUUCAUUUAUUUCUGCUAUUUUAUAAAUGAAUUCGUAGGUUUCCCCAACGAAUGAUACUUGUAUCGUCGAUUGUUACAUGCAAUGGAUUUUCGUAAUCCGUCAAGAAAAGAUUACGGUAUGUAAAUUGAAUAGACAUUAAAAAAAUCGAUAUAUUUAAAACAAUUAAAUAUUCGUGUUGGUCCAAUUAAAUAUUCUUAAGCGAACUUAGGAAUUGAGCCUUUUACUGGUUUUAUAAUUCAAUAUUUUCGAUGACGUAGCUUUCUGUUCCUACAUUUUCCAUUCUUUAUCCAGAUAUUGUAAUUGCAUAAUUUGUAUAAUAAAAAAAUGAACUUUGUGUUAA